UCUCUCCCUCUCUCAAUUCUUUAUUCAUUCCAUGACCUUCGUGUCCUUACUCCUUAGCUAGACUCUUAGAAAUGGAGAAGAUCACUGGCACUGGAAUAGCGCCAUUGUAUUAUGAGAGGCUUGUUGAUGUCCUUGCUAAGGGUGAGGUGGAAGCAAGACAAUUGAAGGCACAUCUAAAUGAACAACAACCUUCCUUUGAGUUUUGCAAGGCAUCACUAGAGAGCAUACACUUUGCUCUCAAUGAGGCUAUGUCUAUUGCCAAAGUAAGCAUGCCAGAGAAUUGCUUGCCUUCUGUGUGGCUUAACUCUUCUAGCAGCCUGGACUCACCUUCAAGUGACAGUUCUGAUCAUAAGGAUAUGCCCAAAAAAAGGAAAUCACAACCUAAAUGGAGUAACAAGGUUAGGGUUAACCCAGGAACAAUGGAUGCCCCUCUUGAUGAUGGUCAUAGUUGGAGAAAGUACGGCCAAAAGGACAUACUUGGUGCAAAAUAUCCAAGAGCUUAUUAUAGAUGUACUCACAGAAUUACACAAGGAUGCCUUGCAACAAAACAAGUGCAAAGAUCAGACUCAGAUCCCUCCAUUUUUGAUGUGAUUUAUAGAGGAGAACACUCUUGUUCGAAGAAGAUAAAACAAAAAGCUGCUUCUUCUUCUUCUCAAGAAAACAAGCAGGACUUCUUCAGUUUCAAUACUGGAGUGAAGAUUGAAGGGAAUGAACAUGAGCGCUCGUCCUCUUCUGUCUGCUUCCCUUCAUCUCAAGUACUCACUUGCUUGUCAAGCAUGGACAACCAUUUCAUGGGUAAUGACUGCUUCUCAGUUUCGCCAUGCAUUGACAAUCAUCAACAGGCAAAUGAGUCAGAGUUGAAUGACAUAUUCUUCACUAGUAUGACUUCUGCAUCAAACUCUUCCGUUGUGGGCAUUCAUGAUUUCAUGGACUACAACCCAUUUGAUCCAAAAUUCUUCCAUUGAGAUUUGCAUGCAUGAAACUACUGAUUUAGAAAGAUGUUCUUGUUCUUUUUAAGCUUUUGUCUUUGUUGCUGUUUGAGGAUUGAGGUAUCUUAAUUUAACUGUAGCUUCUUCUUAAUUAAUGAGGAAUGUAACUUGUAAUAUUAAUUUGUUGCAAAUAAUUUUUUUAUUACA